AGCGAAUACUACCACGCAUGCAGAGAAAUCCGCAACAAGAAGCGGUAUGGAAAACUGACAAAGACAGGAAACCAACCAAGUUGAUUGCUAAGACAGCUUGCUGCUCGUGACUUCCCGAGCUUAUGUACUCCAUCCUCAUCAUAGUACUACUCCAAUGAUACGAUCCGCCAUGACUGACCAUACCAUCUACUAACAGAAGCAGCAAUAAUAUCCUUACCUCAAUCACUUUUUAAUACAUAUAUCUUAAAGCAAGAUAUACUCUGCUGAACAGCGACUGACUCAAUGAUGACCCUACGACGCUCCGCUCGUCUAACCGCAGCGUCAGUGUCCAAGAACAACAGCACCACCACCACUGCUACCUCUGUCCCACAUCUGCAACCCAGAACUCAAACAAAGAGAGCAGCCAGCAGAACCACAAACGGUGUCUCAAAGACACGAAAGCCCGCAGCAGCAGCAUCAUCGCGCUCAAACAACAGCAGACAAUCACCUAAUACUACCACUACCACCACAACCACCACCACUACUACUACUAACAACAUCUGGGACCCCAUCCCCACCCCCAGCAGCAGAACAACCCCUCCCCCACUCGACCGACCCGUCGAACCGCACCACACCAACGCAACGCUCCUAACCCCCCACGGCUCAUCACUAGUCGCCUACCCCCCAGGCACAGAUGCAGACGCCUCUCCAAGCAAGACAGGCCGGCCCCGUCCCACCGCCACAACAGGCACACUUCUCGAGAAAGCAGCCGCACACCUAAUCGCCACAGAUCCGCGCCUCGAAUCGCUCAUCCGCGAACAUCCCUGCCCAUUGUUCACGCCGGAGGGUCUAGCCGAGGAGAUCGAUCCGUUCCGGAGCCUCGUUAGCAGUAUCAUCGGACAGCAGGUGUCAGGGGCAGCGGCGAAGUCGAUUAAGGAUAAGUUUGUGGCAUUGUUCAAUACCAAUAAUAAUAAGGAUGAAGAUGGUGGUACAAUAAGAACAAGCUUCUUCCCCACCCCGGAAGAUAUCAUCAAAAAGGAUAUCACCACGCUCCGGACAGCAGGUCUAUCCCAGCGCAAGGCGGAAUACAUACAUGGGUUAUCGGAGAAGUUCGCCAACGGGGAACUGAGUGCCCGGAUGUUGUUGAAUGCUAGUGAUGAGGAGCUCGUGGAGAAGUUGACUGCUGUGAGGGGUCUGGGUAAAUGGUCUGUUGAGAUGUUUGCUUGUUUUGCGCUGAAGCGCAUAGAUGUGUUUUCCACGGGGGAUUUGGGUGUACAGAGAGGUUGUGCGGUGUUUGUGGGCAAGGAUGUAAACAAGUUGAAGGGAAAGGGUGGCGGUAAGUUCAAGUAUAUGCCUGAGAAGGAUAUGUUGGGGCUGGCGGCGAAGUUUGCUCCGUAUAGGAGCUUGUUCAUGUGGUAUAUGUGGCGGGUGACGGAUGUCAAUAUUGCUGUGUUGGGUGGCUAGAUACUACUUGGUAUAUACAGACAGGAUAUAGAUCUCAAGCAUCGGAUGGGUAUAGUGUGUAGAACUACUAUAUGUACAUUACUCGGGAGAUGUCGAACGUAUAUAGGUCUGCUACAGCCAACUAGAGAACGAUGACGAG